AUGAAGGCGGUGUUGGUGCUGGGCUUGGCCCUGCUGGUGGCCCUGGCGGCUGCUGAAGAUGUGAUUACGCUCACGGAGAGCAACUUUGAGUCGACCCUCAAACAGCAUGACCUGGCUGUCGUUGAAUUCUUUGCCCCUUGGUGCGGUCACUGCAAGCGUCUGGCUCCCGAGUAUGAGAAGGCGGCUGGUAUCUUGAAAAAGUCGGACACGCCAGUAGCUCUGGCUGCGGUUGAUGCCACCGAGCACGGAUCGCUGGCUUCCCGUUUUGGCGUCACUGGCUACCCCACUCUCAAGAUCUUCCGCAAGGGUGAACUCAGUGCCGACUACCAAGGCCCUCGCGAUGCCGCUGGCAUUGUCAAGUACAUGGAGAAGCAAGCUGGUCCCUCCAGCAAGCGUAAGUGCUUCCUCAUCGACAACGCCAGCAUGUUCUCUAGCCUGGACAGUGGCAUGGCACGCGCCUUCCUCAAGACGGCAGAUGCGGAGCGCGAAAACUUCCGCUUCGCGCACACCACCCAAAGCAAGGCUUUGGGACAGUACGGCAAGGAUGUUGUGGUUGUCUUCCGCCCCCAGAAGCUGAGCAACAAGUUUGAAGAGGGUCACGUCGUGUACAGCGGCAAGGCCAAAAACACGCUGAUCAAGGAGUUUAUCAUGGAUGCCAUCACUUCUCCUGGUGGCAUCAUGACCCCAGAUCACCGCCCCUUCUUUUUCGCCUCCAAGCCCCUUUUGGUGGUGUACUAUGAUCUCGAUGUGAAGAUGAACCCAUCUCGCGCCAAGUACAUUCGCAACCGCGUUCUCAAGGUUGCACAGGACGUGACUUCAGAUUUGACCAUUGCCGUGGCCAACAAGGCCGACUUUGCUCAGGACGUGCAACAGCUUGGCCUGGAUGAGUUUAGCGUGGCCGCCGGUAUCUGGGGCGAGGGCUCGACCAAGUAUCGUUUGGAUGAGGAGUGGAGCAUGGAUGCCAUGCGCCAGUUCAUUGCUGAUUUUGAAGCCGAUAAGCUCGAGUCACACGUCAAGUCAGAAGCCAACCCCGAACCCGAUGGUGAUGUGGUGGUGGCCACUGGCAAGACCAUUGAUGAGAUUUUGAACGCACCUGGCAAGGACGUUCUGAUUGAGGCUUAUGCGCCCUGGUGUGGCCACUGCAAGAAGCUUGCUCCCGUCUUUAGCGAGCUUGCCACCAAGUUUAAGGAUGAAGACAGCGUCACCGUUGCCAAAAUCGAUGCCACGGCCAACGACCUUCCGGCCAGCCUGCCCGUGUCAGGCUAUCCUUCAAUCUUCUGGGUGCCCGCUGACAGCAAGAAGCCCGAAAAGUACUCGGGUGGUCGCGAACUCAAGGACUUUACCCAAUUCAUCAAGAGCCGUGCUUCGGGCCUCAGCAAGAAGGUCAAGGACGAGCUCUAA